CCUGGCAAAAUUGAAUGCUUCAAUGGACACUGUUUAAGAUCAAUGAGAAAAAACAUGCCGCCCUGUUCAGACUCUAGCUUUGACAAAAGCAUGGAAAUAUUAAGUGAAAAUGUCAAUCGAAGACAUUUCACGAGGCAGUUGGCAAAGCCAAAAUCAGACCAAAAAAAAGAAGAAUAUAAAGAAGUGACUAGAACACUGAAGACCAGAGCUAAUGCAAAAGCUGCAGAAAAAGUCCAUGAAGAAAAUGGGGAUUUGGAGGUCCGCCAAAGCUGCAGACUUCGACAAAGUCGUUACAGCACUACAAAUCAAUCUGUUUUGUUUGACAAACUUAUAACAAAUACUGCAGAAGCAGUCUUGCAAAAAAUGGAUGAUAUGGAGAAGAUGCGUAGACGGCGAAUGAUGGAAGACCUUGGAGUGUUCCACGAUGCAGAAGAAGAAAACCUUGAUAUGCACUCCCGAGGAAAGAAAGAAAUCCAAAGAGCUGACAAAGAAAUAGCUGAUAAUCAAGGUGGCAUUGUAGUAGUUUCAUCAGAAGAAAGUGAAGAGAAAGAAGAUGAUGAUGGUGAAGAUACUCGAAAACGUUAUGACUUUCGACAGAGGAAAACUGUUGAGCGCUAUCAAGCUCCAUUGGAAAAACCAAGACAACGUAAGAUAUAUUUCUCGGGCCGGUCUUCACCUGUCAGACAGAGGUACUCAUUUAGAAGUGCUCAGUCACAAGGCUCUUGCUGCAAAAGAACUAACAGACGGAGACACGCAGUCCACAACAGUGAUUCCACUUCCUCUUCCUCAUCAUCCUCAUCUGAUGAUGAAGAGCAUUUUGAGAGGCACAGGAAGCACAGCCGUAACAGAGAUUUAAGAAGGUGUCUUCCACUAAACUUUCGGCAAGAUGAGUUAAAGGGAAUUCACAAGGAUCGAAUGAAAAUUGGAGCAAGUCUGGCUGACGUUGAUCCAAUGCAAAUAGAUUGCUCAGUACGAUUCGAUGGUGUGGGUGGUCUUUCUGACCACAUUUCAGCUUUAAAAGAGAUGGUCGUUUUUCCAUUGCUUUACCCAGAAGUCUUUGAGAGAUUCAAAAUUCAACCUCCAAGAGGCUGUCUAUUCUAUGGUCCACCGGGGACUGGAAAGACACUGGUUGCUCGUGCACUUGCUAAUGAAUGUAGCCAAGGUGACAGGAGAAUAGCCUUUUUUAUGAGAAAAGGUGCCGACUGCCUGAGUAAGUGGGUAGGGGAAUCUGAACGACAGCUUCGUUUAUUAUUUGAUCAGGCCUACCAGAUGCGACCUUCAAUUAUUUUCUUUGAUGAGAUAGAUGGCCUUGCUCCUGUGCGGUCCAGUAAACAAGACCAAAUUCAUAGCUCUAUUGUAUCAACACUUCUGGCACUUAUGGAUGGCUUAGACAGCAGAGGAGAGAUUGUGGUAAUCGGAGCCACCAACAGACUGGAUUCUAUAGAUCCUGCUCUACGAAGACCCGGACGCUUUGAUCGAGAGUUCCUCUUCAGCUUGCCAAAUAAAGAGGCUAGAAAAGAUAUUUUCAAGAUUCACACACGAGACUGGACUCCUAAGCCAUUGGACGUGUUUCUUGAAGAGCUAGCUGAAAAAUGUGUUGGAUACUGUGGUGCUGAUAUUAAAUCCUUAUGUGCUGAAGCUGCCCUCUGUGCUUUGCGCCGCCGCUAUCCUCAGAUAUACAAAAGUAGUGAGAAACUGCAGUUAGAUAUCACUUCUAUUAAAAUAACAGCAAAGGAUUUCGUCAUGGCCAUGCAGAAGACUGUUCCAGCUUCACAGAGGGCUGUGGCUUCACCUGGGCGAGCGCUAUCACCUAUUUCAAAACCACUGCUUGAAAACAUGCUAGCAAGAAUUUUACAAGCCUUGCAGAGAGUAUUUCCCCAUGCAGCGCUUGCACUAAAGAAGGACCAGCAGCAAGACAGUUUAAAUCACAUUUUAAGAAACAAUGCAAUUGACAGUGAUGAGGAAUCACCAUCAAUCUUUGAAGAUAAGCCAACGCAUAAAAUGCCUGGUAGACAAAAGGAAAAAUUUCUCAAUUUUAGCAGAAAUGCUUAUUACCAGCCAACAUCUUGCAGGCCACGGUUCUUACUAGUUGGAGAGCCAGGAUAUGGGCAAGCUUCUCACUUGGCACCUGCAGUAAUACAUGCCCUUGAAAAGUUUCCGGUUUAUACACUAGACUUAUCUGUUUUGUUUGUUAGCAUCACAUCACCGGAAGAAACAUGUGCACAGUUGAUGCGAGAAGCUCAAAGAACAGCACCGAGUAUAAUUUAUAUCCCACAUAUCCAUUUGUGGUGGGAGGCUGUUGGAGCUACAUUGAAAGCUACUUUUACAACACUACUGCAGAACAUUCCAACAUUUGCUCCAGUUUUGCUGCUUGCAACAUCUGAUGUGUGUCAUGUAGAUCUCCCAAAAGAGGUAAAAGAAUUGUUUAUUAAUGAUUAUGAAGAAGUUUUCAAAAUCCAGUUGCCUAAUAAGGAAGAAAGAAGAACGUUUUUUGAGGACUUAAUUUUAAAUCAAGCUGCUAAACCUCCUGCAUCGAAAAACACCACAGCUUGGCAGACAUUGGAAGUACUGCCUGUAGCACCGCCGCCUAAACCUCGACAGCUGACAGAGGAAGAAAUAAGACAGCUGGAGGAGCAGGAGGAGGAUACGUUGCGUGAACUUAGGAUUUUCUUAAGGGAUGUGACUCACAGACUUGCCGUUGACAGACGUUUCAGAGCAUUUACAAAGCCUGUUGACCCAGAAGAGGUACCUGAUUAUGACGCAGUUAUUAAACAGCCCAUGGACCUGUCGGCAGUUCUCUCUAAAAUUGACUUGCACCAGUACCUAACUGCAGGAGACUUUCUAAAAGACAUCGAUCUAAUCUGUAGCAAUGCUUUAGAGUACAACCCAGAUAAAGACCCUGGAGAUCGCCUCAUUAGGCACAGAGCUUGUACUUUGAGAGAUACUGCAUAUGCCAUAGUGAGGGAAGAAAUGGAUGAAGAUUUUGAACAACGCUGUGAAGAAAUUCAAGAAUCUCGUAAGAAAAGAGGUUGUAGCUCUUCAAAGUAUGCUCCAUCUUACUACCGUGUAAUGCCAAAGCAGAACUCUGUUCCUGGGUGUAAGAAAGCAGACCCAAAGUGUAAUGAAAAAACGAAGAUGCCAGCAGCGCCUGUAGAUUGCAGUACACCCCGCCCUAACGAUAUGUCAAAAAGAAAACGCAGAAAGAACAAAGGGUCUUCAGGUGUCGCAACAAAGAGGAGGAAUUUUCAGUUCAAUAAAGAGAAUAAAGUUCCGGAAGACCAAAAUGAAGUAGAGAGUGAUGAAGAGUCUCCAGAAAAACAUGUUUCUAACACGGAUCACACUGAAGUUGAGUCCACACAGGAUUCUUCUAUGGAAGAAAAUGAAAACGUACUUCAAGAACGACAGAAAAAUGGGAAUGAAAAUAAAUCUGGGACAGAAAAAGAAAGAGAGAGUGUUCUCCUUGUGGCUAAAUCUGCUUCUGAAAAGAAGAGUGUCAUGCUUCCUGAACGUUCAGACCUAAGAAAGGAGAGUGAAAUGCCAGAUUGCAAAAUAGCAGAAAGUUCUGAAGACGGAGAUUCAAAUGAUUCAUGGGUACAUCGUAUGACUCAUGCAAGACGUUCUCGGAUAGAAGAGCAACAGGUGAUAGGUGUCGAGAAAGCAAUGGAAAUUCUCACACAGCCAGUGAUUGUGGAUUACUAUGAGCUCAAACAACUGUUGCAUUUUGUCACUGUGAUAACUAAGAACUUCAAUAUAUUUCACUUGGAAAAAGUAUAUGCUGUUCUUAGUCAGUGCAUUUACCAACAUCGGGAAGAUUACGACAAAACCGAAUUAGUGAAGGAAAUGAAGAAAGAAAUUGCAGCCUUCAGUUAUGCUCAGUGA